GCAGCGUAGCGCUAACAUAUUUCUUCCAAUAACAUCACGUGUCGGAAAACCGGCCAGUAGGGAAAUGCAAAAUGGCCUCUGCAGGCAAAGCGAAAAGCAUCGAUAACAUGAACAUGGUGGAGAUAUGUGGAAUGAUGCUGGCUCUUGGAUUAUCGUGCGACAAACUAACGACGCUUGACGAGAUGAGGUCUCGAUUGAGAACAAAGUUGAACCAGGCAGAGAAAACAACUAGCUGGUCAGCAGGACAAGUACGUUAUUUUGUAGUAAAUUUAAAAUUUGAGAACGAAAAAAUUUUGGCCUGUUUUCAAUAGCUCAUUACAGGAGCGCCAUAUUUGUGUGGUGCGAGGGCAAGCCGUUCGCGGUUAUUGCCUACAGAACAGGCUGUACAUUUAUAAUAGUUUUAAUUUCAUUUCAUUCAUUUAUUUUAUUUAUGUACCACCCCACAAGAAGUACAGCUUUUUCCUUUCGAUCGUGAGAAAUUAAUAUGAGGCUUUGCUCAGGGGCACCAAACGACUGUUUUCUGUAAAAUCAUGAUCUGUUCGGAGAAGCAAAAAUUACCUAGAAUUGUCUAUAGCUUGAGGAAGGCUAAAAAUUUCUAGAUGACCGUUCCAUUUAUGUACAAUCUUCGUAAUAUAUGUAAUAAAUUCCCCACGAUUUUCUAAAGUUUAAUUUUUCGCAUUUCAGUACCCAAGUCAGCCUAUUCUUCGCAGAAAAAGGAAACCUAAAAUAUUCGGAUUCAAAAAUGCGAUGGAGAGAAGAAUCAGAAAUAUUCUCACUUUCGUAAAACUUAAAAUUGCAUCUAAAAUUUUCGGGAAAAUAAUACUGAAGCCCUUGUAAUUUCGAAAAGACUCAAGUUGCCCUACGACGACCGAACAGAUACAAAUUUUAGAGCGCCGCUUAGAAUGCAAUUCCAAAGAUCUGAAAGUACCCUGGAUAGCCUAAAAAGUGUUUUUAAUGCAUUUACAAGGAAACCGUCGUUGGGUGCCCCUGUUUGCUGAAGCACUGAGCAUUUGGGGCACAAAUUAUAUGUGCCUUCAUCGAGAGUGUUAUGGAACAAUUCUCGUUUAGGUUGCACUUUUUUUUCAAGGAUAUAGAAACCUUCUUAGAAAUAUUUAAUUUCCUCAUCAUGUAAUAAGCAAGAAAUAAGGCUCCAAGAAAUCGUAUUUAAAACCGACAGUCCUCCGCUACGAAGAGUCUACGAAUGCUUCCAUUUUCACUGAUUACAGGACAAAAGGUCAGUGUCCCAAACACAGCUGAAUCUUUUAGUUAACGUUGCACUUCUUCGUCCAAUUACUACGAUCUAAAUUAACGUUUAGAAUGCAAAGUAACGGAAAACGAAGGCCAGCUAUUCAUGGGGAUUCACCCUUGGCGGUCUCUGAGUUUGACCGCUCGUGACUAAUGAAGUUACUAGCCGCCGCGCACUAUCGAAGGAGCCCUCGAAUGAUAUCUCACUAGAGAUUACAAUUGAAAAUGAAAGUGAAGUGCUGCGAGUAGAUACUGGGCAUUACAGAGAUUCCAACCCUUCCGUUUCAACCAGAAACCUUCUGUUUUGCGAAUCAGUAUUUCCGGCCACCUGCUUUCGCUUAAUAUUCUCCCAGUUUUUGAAACUCUUCCUAGUCAAAGAAAUAUAAUAUUUUCUUUGUUUAACCAGUCGUUUUUAGCACGAUUCUUUGGCGUUUUUCUGUAGUUUCUCAGGCAUUUUUACCCUUUUGGCAUCAGAGCAUCACAGGUAGCCCAAGCUCGAAAUAUGAGCAUCGUCGAGCAUCGGCAUUGUUGCGUAACAUUCAAAAUAUAAGGAUUUCUAUGGGAAAAAUACCUAUCGUUUCUGUAACCUACGUAAAUGAAAGUAUUUCAAUGAAAAACAGCUUACCUUUCUUAAAAUGUGUGUUACGUCUCUCCUGUGUGGUCCACGGGCCGAUUUAUGGCCGUUUUAUGGGUCUUUAUGUAAACGGUUUUAUAUAUAGAGAGAAAACGGUUUUUGGGCGCGGUAAUGCACUGAUAUGAUAGGGACCAUUAGGUCUUAGCUUCCACUGCCUGUUAAAAACUUCACUAUUUUCCUUUGACUGUGAUUUCAAAAUACAUUGGCGUCUUAGAGGCACAUAUCCGGGGGAGCAUGCCCCUGGACCCCCCUAGUGGCUCGUGCCUUCGGCGCCUGUCGGCGCGGCUAUGUCGUUCCACGAACUUUCCUUUCAUACAGUUAACAGGGUUGGAAUCUCUGACAUUACUUCAUCAUGAAAUAAUCAACUGUUAUAGAAAUAACAAGAAAGAAUUCCAUUUUUAUGUCAGGUUUGUAAUUUCAACCAUAAUAAUCUCUAAAUAAGCAAGUUACAUUUUUGCAUAAAACAAGAAUCGCCGAAAGGCGAUUUUAAAGGUGCUGCCAAGGAGCGAUUUUUUCUGGGAGAGGGCGUUGGUACAUACUCAUGCUACCAUAAAACCUUGUCGCCGACCAUUGUGUGACAUAGAAUCUCAUGUGAGAGUGAAACAUAAACUCUUUGAACAUUGUACCCUUUUGGAACAUAAUGAGUAUCAUUUUUAAGUCGGGGUUGUCUAGUAACUUCUUAAAUUCCACCAUUAUGAAUAAAAACAAGCAAGUUAGCCAAAAAAAGCAGGAAACUAUUAGCGUCAACAAAAGCAAAUUAAAUUUAAGUUUUGUUUAUGUCUGAUAUUGCGUUUAGAACUUUUCUAACUGUCCAAGCGAAUAUAUAAUUCUGUUUUUUUUUUGACGUGGCGAUUUACAACAACUAACAAGUUUAUUCAGUAUUACCAUUUCAAUACAUGGUGUUAUCGAUUGAAAUACAACUAGACUCAUAUAAACUGCAUGAGCUCGGGCUUCCGUAUAAAAUAAGUUCAAACGAACAAACCUCACCUAAGAAAUCGCAGUCUUGAAAGGCUACGUAUAUCGAAAUAACAACAGCUUUAUGCACAAACAUCUGGAAACCAUCUUCCAUCACUAUAAUGUAUUGGGUUGCAGUAAUUGUGUAGCAAGUAGAGGUCAUAAAAACAAAGGAACAUAAAAGCAAUGACGUCAAAGCAAAGAGCAAUUACAAUAGUUAAUCAAAGUACUAGACCUUAUCACGGUUUUGGAAGCUAUCUUGACGGGUAGGCAGUCGCGUGACUAUAACGUAUGAGAUUGCAGUAAUAGUAUAGCUUCCGUGUAGUAGAGGCCACAAAAACAAAAGGAAGAUAACAUUAAUGACAUCAAAGCAAAGAGCAAGAAUAUAGUUACACAAUAGCUAAUUGAAGCACUCUUUUAGACCUUAUCAUGGUUUUGGAAGCUAUCUUGACGGAUGGGCAAUUGCGUGAGAAAUUACAGUGUUGUUUGAGAAUCUAACGUCGAAUAAUUUCCGUAAAACAGCUGUUCUAAAACAUAUGAAUUGAAUACUUAAGCUUCACUCCUAAGUAUGCCACUGAAAAAAUUGAGGGCGGCGUUAUCUGCGCUGAACUACUUUUUAACAUUUUCUAUACAUUUAUCUUUAUUUUUUUUCCUGCCUACUAAAAUUUCCCGGGAAAAAUUGCAAAGCUGGGCCAGGUUUUUGAAAGGCCGAUUAGCGUUAAUCCCCGAUGAAAAUUUUGUUCCGUUUGUAUUUUACACUCCUAUGCAUUGCUUAGGGUAACAUGUUAUCAUUCCUGUAUCUUGUAGUUAAGGCUCAACGGUAUUUUGUAACCUCGAGUUGCAUGUCCUUAGACGAGAAAACUGUGCUUGAAAUUUGGCUUAAUCCUGGGUUACACUUACAAUCUCUUGAGGAACCGGGCCCUGAAAUGUAUGGAAAAUCUAAAGCAAGCGACUGGGGAAAUUUAAACAUAGGUACGGCUCUCAAAAUUUGUUAGUAGAAUCCUUUGCUGUGUAGCUUUAGUUUACAGUUGCUACUUUCUUCAGAACAGUCGUUUUUCGAAAAUUGUUCGACGUUAGAUUCUCAUACAAACAAGGCUAUUUCUCACGCGUUAAGGUCUAAUAUAUGGAGGCAUUCCUAGUAUAUUCGACGAGACUCUUGGGUUGAUCAGAAACACUCUGUUUAAAUUCCGUUGGUAGCUCACUACUUCGAGAGGGCUUCUUUAUAUAAGGUUCACUCUGAACAGUUCGUCAACAAACUGGUCUCGUAAAGUCGGUCACCGAUUCAGCCGAUUGGCAUGAACUGUUCGCUCGCAAACGUUUACUGUAGAGAUCUAGAGAUGAAGAGCGUGUGCCAGUUUGGUAUAAAGAUUUAACCCUCCUGACCUAAUUCAUUCUUGCGAUCACUGAGUUUUAUACACCGAAUACAGAUAGGCUGGUUUAAUCCGUGUAAGCAUACCCUUAUAUCUUGCUCACGCGCUGUAUGCGCCAGGUGGCGAUUUGUGCCAGAAGAGAAAAAAAAACCUUCCCAUUUUAUAGCUCAGCCGUUCCCAUGGAAACGCCAGGGCAAUAAUAGACAGAUAAAUUUAAGGAAGUACAGACAUAAUUGAAAGGUAUAAUUAAUUAUUUUUAUGUUUCGUUCGUCUUUCAAAUUAAUGCUUGUAGAACGAAAUUAGCAGUUAGCCUGCUGAUAUGCGAAUCAGUAUUGUUAAAAACAAAGCAGACUUUAUCAUGGUUAUUGUGACUUAAUUUUCGCGCCAUAUUGCUUUAAAUGCUGUAAUCUGCAUGAUCAAAAACAUUUUUCCUUGAUAAUGGAGUCAUGACUCCUCCGAAACGUCGGAUUUUAUCGUUCGUUUUUACCGUUUUAUGUAUUUAUAAUAGAUAGCCCCCUUUAUAUCAUUUUGAUUGCCAGAAAAAGCCAUUAUCUGCUCUAUACCUCCCCAUUGGGGGAUAUUGUCAGACAAUACAACAUGGGCUAUCAUUUCUAUGCUGAUGAUACUCAGUUGUAUCUGUCUUUCAAUUCUCUCAGUGGGGAUGAUCAAGCUUAUUCUGUCUCUCAGGUUGAAUCUUGUGUUAGAGAUAUCGACCGUUGGAUGUCUUGUAACAAACUUAAGUUGAAUAGGGACAAGACGGAAUUGCUCGUUAUCAGUUCAAAAUAUCGGCCACGCCC